GUUCACACUCUGCCACAUAUUUUAUUUUUAAAACAUCAUGAGAACUGUAAGUUUUGCUAAGGUCGAAGACAUGUAUGCACGUUUCGAAGAUCUAAAGAAAGAAGACGUAGAUGAGUUGGAUAAAUGGGUCAUCGAACAGCCUCACUUGCCGUCAGUUUCCGAGAUGGAACUCAUCCAAUUUAUUCAUUCCAAUUAUUUCGAUAUGGAUGCGGCGAAGCGGACCAUUGAAGCGUACUUCACUUUCCGAACGAAUUGCAAAGAGUUUUUCUCAGAUAAGGACGUUCUGGCGCCGGCUUUACAGCGUACAAUGGACGUAAUAGCAAUCUCUCUGCUUCCUGAAAAUACUGAAGAAGGAUAUAAGGUGCUUUUUGCGAAAGUUAUUGAUAGUGAUGCCAGUAAAUUUUCCUUGUCUGCAAUAUUAAAAUUAGCAUUUGUUUGCGUGGAUAUUCUACUUUGGCAGGAAGGAUGUGCUGAAGGAAAUGUGCUCAUAAUAGAUAUGAAUGGGAUACAUUUAGGACAUUUACCAAAGUUGAGCAUUUUCACGCUGAAAAAUUUCCUCUACUAUAUCCAAGAAGCACUUCCAAUUCGUUUGAAGGGUGUUCAUCUGAUCAACGUUGUUCCGUUCAUUGACAGAAUAAUGAUGAUGAUAAAACCAUUUUUGAAAAAAGAGCUUUUAGAAAUGUUUCACAUCCACAAAAGAGAAGAAAGCUUGUAUCCCUUUGUACCAAGACGAAUGUUGUCGUGCGAAUACAGUGGAAAUGCUCCCACAAUAAUGGCUCUUAAAAAACAACUUUACGAUAAUGUCAUAGAAUACAGAAGCCUGAUUCUAGAGAAAGAGAGUCUACAGAAGGUUGAUGAAACUAAACGAAUCAAAACACGGACUUUAUCGAACAUGUUUGGCCUUUUCUGAAACUUUCUGGAUAUACCAACACGUCGAGCUGA